CCUUCUUUACACUUUAUCAGUGUGAGACUCAGUCUGCAUCUGGCUGCAGCAGCUCUGCCUCGAGUCCAGAUCCUACAGCCAACAUGGCCACUGAAAAAAGACUGUCUGCUAGACGCAAGCACACUCUGAAGAGCUGCAUGCUUGUGGUUGCAAACAAUUUGCUGGAGGCUGAAUCUCAGGUGAAGGCCAAAGAGAGGGAGACGUUUCUGGCGGAGAAAUGUCCUCCUUUGGAUGUUCCGUAUUCCAGGGAAGAACUAGUGGAACUUUGCAAGAAACUUCAUCAGCAGAUUAACAUCAGUGAAGAGGAGAGAUACUGCACAGAAUUCAAGCUGAACAUGGUCCUCAAUGAGGUCAGGGACCUAAACAUCAAGAUCGUGGAUCUCAGAGGAAAGUUCAAAAGACCACGACUGAAGAAGGUGCGUAUGUCCGCCGACGCCAUGCUGAAGGCUCUGCUGGGCUCCAAACACACGGUCAACAUGGACCUGAGGGCCAACCUGAAGCAGGUCAAGAAGGAGGUCAAAGAGGAGGACAAGCAGCUGCGUGAUGUGGGAGACUGGCGCAAGAACAUCGAAGACAAAUCUGACAGGAAGAAGAUGUUUGACAGUUAAAUAUUACAUCUAUCAAUGCCUAACAGCCCUAACAGAAAGAUGUUUUUUUUUUGAGGUGGUGUUUAGAGGUCAUGAACUGUCUUUUCUUAAUAAUAAUAAUAAUAAUAAUAAUAAUAAUAAUAAUAAAAAACAGGAAUCAUUUUUCUUCCAGAUUUAUGCUUCACUUUGUGUCGAUAUGACACCUAAAAUCCAAUAAAAUAUAUGGUUCUAAAAGUCAAAGCAGUUCAAAGGGUAGGAAUACUUUGUGAUCCGAACUUUACAGCCAGAAAAUGUUCUUAUGGUCUUAUUAACUUUCUAAAAACAACUAGUGACUAGACAGAGUUUGUUCAGGUAUAGAAUAAACAUUCAUAUUGGUUAUGCCUUGGUUAUAACCUGAACACAUCAACAUGGAAUGAGAAGCUGAACUUGUCUCACUACUUUUCUGGUUCUGAUCACUUUAGUAGGUUGUGAUAAAACUGAAGUAGUUUUAAUUUGAAAUGAUAAGAUUGAAUCAUGGAGUAAGUGAUACAGAGGACAUAGAGUUUUCCUUAUAUUUCCUUAUGUUUUCCUGCUUUUUGAAGCAGAGUCCAUUUCCACCAUUUUAAAGGUGUAAUUUCAUGCAGACGUGUCACACACAACCACUUUAUUAUUAUCUGAAACAAAUUUUCUUUCAUCAUUUUGAAUACAUUCAGUGAAUUAUCUGCUAUGAGUAAAGCAUUGACAACUCAUAACCCCUCAGCAGAACCCCACUAAAAAUCUCUGAAGUGAUCAGGGUUUUUAGGGCGAAGUGGAAGGUGAUGUCUGCACAAGUAGGAAACGAUUCACUUCUUGACUUUACAGGUUAAAACUGUUUGCAAAAUACUUUUCCAACAAAAAAGGAAAUCUAAGCAUCUAGACUCUACAAAUACUCUCGAUCGUCUGAUGAAGAUCAAAAGAACGACCUCUAGCCGACCAUAUAUUGAUAAAGUUUUAAUAAGUUUAAAAACUGUAUAUAUGUAAUACAUUACAAGAAAAACUUGUCAUUCUCCUUAAAAGGCAAUCAGCAAUGAGAUUUGAGCUGAGCGUAAGUUCAGUCCUUCACAUUUAUUCCUAAUUACUGCAAGGAAGAACUGGAGCCUGGAUUUUAGAUGCCACUUUUCACAGCAAAAUUUCUUAUGAAAUUAUGAAAAGACAAGAAUUAUUAAUAUUAAUACCAAAUUUUUCCCCAUUUUUGGGAAUAAUGGCUUUUUUUCUGUUAUGAUUUUUUUUUUGCUUUGUUUUGAGUCUUGAUCUGAGAUAUGAUUUUCUUUCCUAUUAUAGAAGAGAAGCUUUCUUUGGUGUUUGAAAAGCUUUAAAACAGCAGUUUGAUGUAAAAAUGAACUAAACAUUUUUUCAAAAUGUUCAUUCUGUUUCAUUCAACAUGUUAUGUCAUCUUGUCUCAGAACAUCUCAGAUGAAAUGCAGAAGCCUCAUGUCAUUCAUUGUUGGAACUAAAGUGUUUUCUUUCUUAAAGGGAUUUCUUGUUUUACAUGAGGAGUUUUGAGCUGAAUCAAGUUGCUGUUAUGAGACUUUAAAGUAAUUAAAACUUUGCAGCUGCUUUCCUGA